AUGGAGCUCAAGUCCCUACUCGCUGUUUAUCUGCCCCUUUGUGCGGCUCCCUUGGCUGCUGCACGGCCUGCAUCAAAUGCAGUGUUUAUUGUUGGCGGAUCGCCUGCUGAGGCCGGUGAAUUCCCCUUCAUCGUCAGCACGUUGCGCAACGGGCGCCAUUGGUGCGGCGGUGUCUUGUUGAACGCCAAUACGGUCCUCACCGCGGCGCAUUGCGUCGAGUCACAACCAGCCAUCUCGCAGGUCCGCGCCGGUUCUCUCGCCCAUGCUUCCGGUGGCGUUGUUGCCAAUAUCUCCUCUAUAACCCCCCACCCUAAAUACGAAGGUUUGGGAUAUGACAUGGCCAUCGUGAAGCUAUCAACACCCAUCGAGGCGAAUGGCACCAUUGGCUACGCCACAUUGCCAGAGGCAGGCUCAGACCCUGUGAGUGGCGCCGACGCAACUGUGGCAGGAUGGGGAGAUCUGGAGUACGCCGGUCAGGCCCCAGAAGAGUUACAAAAGGUUACUGUGCCCGUCGUUGAUCGUGCGACAUGCUCUGCGGCAUAUCAAGCGAUCCCCAACAUGCCGAAUAUCACGGACGCCAUGUUCUGUGCUGGUCUUAAGGAAGGAGGACAAGAUGCUUGCAACGGUGAUAGUGGUGGCCCCAUCAUUGAUACCGAAACCAGAGUUCUGAUCGGAGUUGUGUCAUGGGGUUAUAAGUGUGCGGCGCCCAAUGCUUACGGAGUCUAUACCAGGCUGGGCGCGGACAUCGAGUUCAUCAAGAGCCACUUGUAA